CACUCCCCUCCCCCGCGCUCCUCUCUCCGCCCCAGCGCUCGGCCCCGGUGAGCCGCGCCGCCGCAGCCCUCCGAAGCCCAUCCUCAGAGCAGGUCCAGCCGCCGCCGCCCGAGACCCGCACCGCCGCGGCCCUCUCACGUCGCCCACAUGGAGGAUUACCACAAGCCCGACCAGCAGACGCUGCAGGCGCUGAAGGACACGGCCAACCGGCUCCGCAUCAGUUCCAUCAAGGCCACGACCGCGGCCGGCUCCGGACACCCUACAUCAUGUUGCAGUGCAGCAGAGAUUAUGUCUGUGCUGUUUUUCCAUACCAUGAGGUACAAAGUGCAAGACCCCAGAAACGCCAGCAAUGACCGCUUUGUUCUUUCAAAGGGUCAUGCAGCACCAAUUUUAUAUUCUGUUUGGGCAGAGGCUGGUUUUCUACAAGAAGCAGAAUUAUUGAACUUGAGGAAAAUUGAUUCUGUCCUAGAAGGACAUCCAGUGCCAAGACAAGCCUUCACUGAUGUGGCUACUGGAUCCCUUGGGCAGGGUCUUGGUGCUGCUUGUGGAAUGGCAUACACUGGCAAAUUCUUUGACAGAGCCAGCUAUCGAGUGUACUGUCUGCUUGGAGAUGGAGAGUUAUCUGAAGGCUCUGUUUGGGAGGCAAUGGCCUUUGCUGGCUUUUACAAGCUUGAUAAUCUUGUUGCUAUAUUUGAUAUUAAUCGUCUUGGACAAAGUGACCCUGCUCCUCUGCAGCAUCACGUUGAAAUCUACCAGAAACGCUGCGAGGCCUUUGGCUGGCAUGCCAUCAUCGUGGAUGGACACAGUGUGGAGGAGCUUUGCAAAGCCUUUGGCCAGGCCAAACAUCAGCCAACAGCCAUCAUUGCAAAGACUUUUAAAGGCAAAGGCAUAUCAGGUGUUGAAGAUAAGGAAAGCUGGCAUGGAAAGCCCCUUCCAAAAAAUAUGGCUGAACAGGUCAUUCAGGAAAUAGAUGACAGAAUCCAAAACAAGAAAAAGCUUUCUCCAGCCCUUCCUGAAGAAGAUGCACCUAUAGUAAAUAUUAGAAACAUUAAGAUGCCAUCUCCACCAACUUACAAAGUGGGAGAAAAGUGGGCCACCCGCAAGGCUUACGGGGUUGCGCUUGCAAAACUGGGCCACGCCAACGAUCGAGUGAUUGCUCUGGAUGGUGACACAAAGAACUCCACCUUCUCAGAGCUCUUCAAGAAGGAACAUCCCAGUCGCUACAUUGAGUGCUACAUUGCUGAGCAGAACAUGGUGAGCAUUGCAGUUGGUUGUGCCACUCGUGACAGGACCAUUGCUUUUGCCAGCACUUUUGCCACCUUCUUCACGCGGGCGUUUGACCAGAUCCGCAUGGCUGCCAUCUCCGACAGCAACAUCAACCUCUGCGGCUCCCACUGCGGGGUUUCCAUCGGUGAGGAUGGGCCAUCUCAGAUGGGACUGGAGGAUCUGUGCAUGUUCCGGGCUAUUCCCAACUCCACUGUGUUCUACCCCAGUGAUGCUGUAGCCACUGAAAAAGCCGUGGAAAUAGCUGCCAACACCAAGGGCAUUUGUUUCAUCAGAACCAGUCGUCCUGAAAACCCUGUCAUUUACAACAACAAUGAGGACUUCCAUAUUGGACAGGCAAAGGUGAUUUUGAAGAGUAAGGAUGACCAAGUGACUGUGAUUGGAGCAGGAGUCACUCUGCAUGAAGCACUGACUGCAGCAGAGCAGCUGAGAAAAGAAAAAAUCUACAUCCGUGUGAUUGAUCCCUUCACUAUAAAGCCCCUGGAUAAGAAGACAAUACUUGAAAGUGCAAGAGCAACCAAGGGCAGAAUCAUCACUGUUGAGGACCACUACCAUGAAGGUGGCAUUGGAGAAGCCGUGUGUGCCGCUGUCGUGGGCGAGCCCGGUGUCACCGUCACUCGCCUGGCCGUGUCCCACGUGCCCCGCAGCGGGAAGCCAGCUGAGCUGCUGAGGAUGUUUGGCAUUGACAAGGAUGCCAUCAUGCAGGCAGUGAGGGCAGCCGUGUCCAAAUCCAGGAACGCCGAGUAGUGCGAAGCAUUUCGUGCUGUGUAACGGAAGAGCUGCGUUUGGAGAGGUUAAGGCAGGCAAAGGUGCUUUAUGUAGAGAGUUCUAAUAAAAAUACCAGCUUAAAAAAC